CCUAGUGUAAGUUGCUUUCUUUCUCUGGUCUGGCUAGGGUCGUGGUUGCUCUGCUCUGCGCUGCACCGAUGCAGUCCUUGAACUUUCGCCUCUUUCGGUUCUCCGUGUCAAAGUUCCGACCUUUCUCCUCCUCGAAAGGCAGAUCGACGCAGCCGGCGAAACCCACCGGCUCUUUCGGAGAAGAAGAAUGGAACGACGCGUGGGAAACUGCGUGGCUCCCUGACGACCUCUCGGCCAGGGAUCGCGCUCCGUGGGAGACCGACGUCAACUUCCCCUACUCCUCACCCACAAUCUCCGCCGGGGAAAUCGACGCAGAUACCAAGGCAUUUGUCGCGGAGAUGGAUGAUCGUUGGAGUGAGAGGAGGGCGGCCAAGAAGCAGCAGCAGGAGGAGGGCAGGCAUUUCGUCGAGCUGGUGGAGGGCAAGGAGCGGAAGAUCGAACUUGGCGAUUAUAGGGUGAGGAAGCAGCGGAUUCAUUCUGGUCUAUGGAUGAAGGAGAUUGAGAAGAUGGAGGAGUCCAAACUUGGAGGUUCCAACGACGGCGAUGACAUCGAUCGCCUUCUUGAUUCUUGUGCUGAAAUAUUUGAUGCUGGCAAUAUUAAUUUAAAUAACUCCAAGAUCCCUAGCACUUCUGAGUUCAAAACCAAGCCUGAUGGAUGGGAAUCAACCACCAAGGCUCAAGAUGGGAGCAUAUGGGAUAUAUCACAAAGGGAAGAGGACAUACUACUCCAAGAGUUCGAGCGGCGGAUGGCUUUCAACAAAUUUCAGAUUGCUAGUUUCAUCAAAACUCACAUAUUCAGCCGAAGGAGGCCGAUAGAUGGCUGGAAAUACAUGAUAGAAGUGAUCGGCCCUAAUGCGAGGAGAGGGAAAGGAAGUGUGCAGAGGCUUCCUGGUCUGACCGAUUCAUCUACACUCCCUUUCCAGGAGGAAAAGCCACUUCUUGGCAAUAAUUCAACUUACUUCACUAAUAGAUGAUGGUUAUUGUUUGUGCACCAGCUCCAGUUUGUGGUCAGAAUCCUAUUAUCUACUUAACAAAGGGGAGAGAACAAGUUUUGAUAACAAUCACUGUGACUUCAUCGUGUGAUUUUGAAAGUCAUGAAUUGGGUUCAUGGAAUUAAUAUAUCUGUAAUUUAUGAUUAGGAUUGUAUAAAUCUCCUCUCGGUAUAUGUUGGAGCCUUGUGGAUUUUUGUGGAGAGCUGCCUAUUUCAGAUUUAGCGAAAGUUUGUUCUUACUGCUGCCUACUCAACUGUUUCCGUUGGUUGUUUUAUAUCUACUAGUUGUAGGGGUGAAGAUGAAUAUUGUACUGAAUCUAAUUUCCAAAAUUUAUACUUCAUGGUUUCAAGUGAA